AGUGGGUGAAGUGGCAAAUGGGCGAAGUAGCGCAUGGGCAAAGUGACAAAUGGGUAAAGUGGUUGUGGGCAAAGUGGUAAAUGGGCGAAGUGGCCGACACCCGUACAGUAUCGAUACAGCCUACUGGUAGGCUACACAAUUACAUAACGAUAAGUAGAAAAUGGCAGUCCAAGAUCAGCAGUUUUUGUGGAAUGUCUUCAGCAAGGUUGACAAGGAUAGAAGUGGAGCCAUAUCAGCAGAUGAACUGCAACAAGCACUGUCAAAUGGGACAUGGACACCAUUUAAUCCAGAAACAGUUCGACUCAUGAUUGGAAUGUUUGACAGGGACCAGAGUGGCAAUAUCAACUUUCAAGAGUUUGGUGCACUGUGGAAGUAUAUCACAGACUGGCAGAACACCUUCCGAAGCUACGACCGUGACAACUCAGGAUCCAUUGAUCAAAGAGAACUACAAACUGCUAUCACAAGCUUUGGUUACCGGCUUUCAGAGCGCUUCUUCUCCAUUCUCAUCAGGAAGUUUGAUCGGCAAGGCAAGGGAACCAUUGCUUUUGAUGACUUCAUCCAAUGUUGUAUCACUCUGCAGACCUUGACAAACGCCUUCAAAGCCUAUGACACAAACCGCAAUGGAUGGAUUGAGAUCAGCUAUGAGCAGUUCCUCCACCUUGUCUUCUCUCUUAAAGCCUGAACAACAGCUGAGUAUGAAUGAACACAACAGCAGCUGUAUGCCAACAUAACAACUGGAAUUGACCUAGCUAGGCGUUAAAGGCAUCCUUUGAACCAUUAGAGAAGUUUUUAUAUGCAGGCAAACAGGACAGGUCAUCAGUCUGUCCAGCUUUGUAAUGUUUCAUAUCUGCUUAUUAACUUGUACUUCAGCCAGAUACAUUUCUCUCCGUAUGUCAGUAUAAUGCAGUUGUACCCAAAUUGGGGGGGGGACAGUGAAAAAUAAUACUGAAACUGGAAGAUUAAGGACUGUUUGGAUUACUGUGUUGGAUUGUGUACGUCUGGAUUGGAAAACGAAACCCUCUGAACAUGUAUGUGUCAUUUGUGUUUCUCAAAGAGGCAGCUAUUUGGAUUACACUAAUACCAUAAUGAUAUUUCUGGAUAACUAUUCAAGUGUAUGUAUUCAUGUACAGAGUGUGAAACAACACGAUGACUGAUAAUAGCUGUGCAUUGCUGAACGUAUGCACGUGCACAGUGCUUAGUGCAUUCCAACAGCUGCCUGACAGUGACUAAAUAUUCAGGACCUCAUGCACUGAUUAACCAAAAUGUUACAGCUUGAGUUUUGGUGCCCCAUUUUGAAGACAGUGGUGCUCAGUGAUGCAUGAGAGGAGGGAUGUCAUCAAGGUACCAUUAGAAAUCACACUGCUUCUACUUUACAGACAUCCUUAUAUUUUAAUCAUAUAUCUCAUGGUUUGGGCGUUUUAACCCUUUUCCUCAGGGUUUGUUUUUUCUGGGAUACCCUGUAGAGUACAUUGAACAAUUCUCUGGUAAGCAUAGUGCUAUGGUUCACUAUUCUGCUGCACAGUGUUCAGUCACAAUGUAACAGCAACUGAAUACAUGCAUAACCAAAACAAAACUGAAACAAAAAGUACAACACCAACGUAAGGGUACAUUCCUGCUUUGCAUUUCACUGAUUCAAAAUUCUUCUCUUGAAUCGGUUCUUUUUUAUCUUUAGCAUAUUGAAUGCUUUUCUUUAACACAGAAUCUAAAAUUGACUACUUGCACUGUGUUUGAGAUGAAAGGUACUCUUCACCAGCAGUUUACCUAAAUAUUGAGAAUGGCUUAUUUCUAGUGGCAUUUAGGUUGACAUCUUGAUGGAAAGAGAAUUUCAUCUGACAUGCUGCUCUUUUGGAGAAAUGCUAUCAGUGGAGGAAAUAUACUAAAAUGAAGAAUAUGGACUUAAUCAACCUAGACAUUAAUACAGCACGAGAUUUAAUGCUAGAUACCACAACAAGGACCCCAGAAAUAUUCUCUCUUUUAACUAUGAAUCAAUAAUUGAACUUCCUUUGCAAGGUUGUCAUUUAGAUGAUGCUCUGUGAGUCCAUAGUGCUUAUUGGGCACUCAUGCUUGAACUGGUGACUUUUGUGAAGAUUGUAGUGUUCCCAGUUGUAAAAAUGUUCUCUGUGUGGGCCAAAAAGUGAGAUGUGACAGUAAUAAGAAUUAUUCCUUGGAAUACAGUGAGGUUAUUCUAUUGAUGUUUCACUGGACACUCUCAAUGGCCACCUUUUUUAAUUGAUGGCAGAAAGCAUUUCGUGGGGUUUUUUGUAGGGCAGCUAUCAUGGAGCAGUGGCUCUGAAAAAUAGUCCUUACGGUGCUUGUUGCCAGAGGUAUUACCAUGGUAACCGUGCAUCAUCUUUAUCUGACUCAUCUUUAGUUACUUUAGUUUGUAAAAUAAUCUACCAAUGGCAAAGAUCGAUUUGCAUUUAGCCUUCUUGUGAAUAAGGUAACUUGAUGACAGAUAACUGCAUCAGUUGGAGAAUAAGCAAUUGUCACUGCACUUUUGUGAAACUUACGCAUCAUGUGAAAUAUGUACAUGUAUAAAAAACUUAUGUUUGUGUUUUUUGGUGUUUACUUAUUAACUGUUUGCCCCCCUCCCCCAUUAACUCUCUAAUAUUUGUGUUUGUUUGCCUUCAUAAAUAAUUACUUUUAUUGAUACGCCUACUUAUUCAUGUUGUGUAAAUACUGUAGAUUUUCUCCCUCAAAUGUGUAAUUUUUGGGGGUACAGUGAUCAAAGAAUGCUGAUUCCAAGAAGUACUUUAUCAUGAACAAAGACAUUAACCUGAUCUAAAUCUGUGACUAUAUUUUAUAUAUGUGCCUCAUUAGUCUGUUGUUACUUUCCCACAUUUUUUAUAUAAUUGUUCAUAUUUUUCACAUUAUCUACUGCUGUUAUUGAGUGACCGGUGCACAUCUGUAUGCCUGGUGAGAGAUUCACAAUGAGAGGUGGCCUCGUGGCGGUCAGAGAUAUGUGCGUAUAACUAGUCCAACAUUAAUGUAGUUGUUUUAAAAUACAGCAGUACAACAUCAGUGACGUGUUUGGCACAAACACUGACUGUACAGUAUACAAAAAAAAACAUUGGGGAUUUUAAGAUGAAAAUUAGCAGUAACCAAAAAGCUGCAUUCAGCUCACGGUUUGGGUUAUAUAAAAAUAAAUAGGUCAAUCAUGCUUGGAAGGUUUCAAAAUU